AUGGCAGAAAGCGCAACUCUCAGUUUCCUAAAAACAUACUCAAUCCCACUCUUACUUCUGCUUCUCGUUGCAUCCCUCGUGAGAAACAAGUACAAGACUGGCCUCUCCGAUAUUCCUGGACCACGCAUCGCCGCAUACACCAAGCUAUGGCGUCUGUACGACGUCUGGAAAGGACAAGCACACUGGACAGCUAUCAAGCUACACAAGAAACAUGGCAAGCUGGUGCGCACAGCGCCGAAUGUCGUCUCGGUCGCGGACGCAGAUGAGAUAUCAAAGAUCUACAACAUCAAAGGCAACUUUACCAAGACUGGCUUCUAUCCUAUUCAGAGCGUUUCUUGGAAGAAGCAGCCGGCGAUGAAUCUGUUCAGCACGCGAAGCGAGGCAGAGCAUCGGGAUCAGCGCAAGAAGAUUGCCAAUGCUUACAGCCUGGAAUCGCUUCUCAAGAUGGAGAGCUCUGUGGACGACUGUGGAAAGCUUUUCGUUGAGAAGAUGAACAGUUUUGCUAAUCGAGAUGAGCCGGUGGAUCUUGGUGCAUGGCUGCAGUAUUACGCCUUCGAUGUCGUCGGUGAGCUGACCUUCCAAAGCAAGUUUGGCUUCCUCAGCACAGGUGGCGACGUAGAUGGCAUGAUGCAAGCCAUCGAAGGCAUGCUUGUGUACGCCUCACAUAUCGGCCAGAUACCGGAGCUUCAUUGGUUCUUGCUCGGCAACCCUCUGUUCACCAUGCUUAUGCCUGCAAUGGAGACGUGGAAUCAGACUCUUCUAUUUACGCUCAAGGCCAUUAACAGCCGGACGAAGAUCUCGAGAGAUGGCGAGCUUGAGCUGGAAGAAGGCAAAGUUGGCGACGACAUGCUGUCGAAGUGGGCGGCUGUAAAGUCAUUUGACCCACUCAAGAUGAGCACGAGGGAUAUUGUUGUGCAUCUCAGUGCCAAUGUCUUCGCAGGAUCCGAUACCACCGCCAUAGCUCUCCGCGCCAUCCUCUACUUCCUGAUGAAGAACCCCGACAAGAUGAACAAACUUCGCGACGAGAUCGAUGCCGCCGGCAAAGCUGGCAAGCUCAGCGACUUCAUCCAAGACAUCGAGGCAAGAAACGAACUUCCCUACCUCAACGCCGUCAUAAAGGAAGCAAUGCGUCUCCACCCAAGCGUCGGCUUCCUCUUCGAGCGGCACAUACCACCAGAAGGCGCGACUAUCUGUGGGAAGUACCUCCCCGGCGGUACAAUCGUAGGCAUAAAUCCAUGGGUGCUCCAGCAUAACCCUGAAGUCUUUCCUAACCCAGAGUCCUUCGAGCCCGAACGAUGGCUGGAGACGGAGAAGAAUAAAGAGGAGCUUGCCAACAUGGAGAAGCAUUUCUUCUCGUUCGGUGCAGGGAGUCGUGUGUGCAUGGGGAGGAAUAUCAGUCAGAUUGAGAUGAGGAAGAUUAUUCCGCUCCUUGUGAGGGAGUUUGAUAUGAGUUUGGAGGGGGAUGGGGAGUGGAAGGUUAAAAAUGUUUGGUUCACGCAACAGCAUAUGCCGACGGUUCGUCUGAGGCGGCGGGAGAAGGCUGCUUGA